GCCUGUUCCCAAGCCCGAGCCGUAAUUAAUACCCAACCACAGCAUAUGCACAAAGGUCUGGAAGAGUCAUCUAGCAAGAUCAAAAUGACUCAACAAACUUGGUUUCUUCCGCCAGACUUCACUUUUCUGCCCGAAGGCGAGUUGUCUGUCUCUUGGUACCAUUAUCAAAAACCCGAAGCGCCCGACCCUAUGUCUCGCCGCAGUUGGUCUCAGUUCCCCGCUCAUGGAUAUCCCGCUCCCAGACAUCCAGAGCCUGAUGGAAAAAGGCCAUCGCCAUUCUCGAACGAACAAUGCGUCUAUCUGCUCAAAAGUGUUCGACCGAUUCAUCGAACUGGCAUCUAAUUCUACAAGUGUGAUUUGGUCUCGCUACAAAAGCACCACGUUUGGCAGCGUGGACCUAGAAACACGGACUUAUAGCAAGGCUAUCUCUUCGGAGGCCCUCAAUGCAAUCGUCGGGCUGGAGCGGGUAAAAAAGUACAUGAACCGAGGAAUACUGGGAAAGCGGCCGAUAUACAUUAUCACAGGAUUGCGCAUAGCUCGGGAAUCUUUUUCUGUGGCAUAUGAAGCUCGUUCGAGAAUUGAGACGUCAUUCGCAGUCUUAGGAUCCGCAGCCACAGGGCCUUUGCCAUUGAAUAUUGGAGCAAGUAUUUCGGAGAAAAAUGAUAAGAGCCGAAAAGACGAGUAUCAGAUAGCCGCUAGCGUGGUGUUCGCAUAUAGGCUGCAUGUGAUUCGAGAAAGACGGAGCGGCGAUGUUGAAACAGAGUUAUUUAGGCAUCGAACGGCAUUCAUGACAGGCGAAAGAGAUGACGAAGGCAAAUCCAUCAAGGAGAUGGUAGUAGAGGAAGUGAAUACAGAGGUGUUACGUGAAGAUCUGGGUAUCGAGCCGGACUUUGAAGAAUUUGCUGUUGCGGAGGAGGCGCAAGAUGAAUUGUGUAUUUUGUUUCAGAAGAGUGACUCAAAAGCCUGACAAGAAUGCGAAAAUUUCGGGACGGGCACUUUGAACAAACAAAUGAAUGGAUAAAUGAAUCAAUUAUUGCUUAGUGUUCUUAUCUUGUCUGCCCCCUCUCCAUCAGAGAUGAGGAGGUGAAGUGGAAUGGUAAAAUUCUC